UAACUAGGCAAUAUUUAUACCGCGCGCCUCACGUGCCACGUUCCUAGACUCACGGAGCGUUCCUUGUAGACACACUGCGCCACUCCCACGACACGGGCCUCCACUCUGCUGCCGUCACUUUGUUUCCUCUGGAAGUAGUCGCUGCACAGUUCAGGUUGUCAUCAGCAGUAUGAGGAAUCUAGCUGUAAUCCUGUUCGUCUUGGCGGUGGUGGGGCUCAGCGCCGCAUACUGGAUCGACGGAAUGUAUGUCAACCAGUAUGAUGACGACGCAGAUUACAUCAAUGAGGACAAGAGGCGGGGUCGGUCCAACAACAGGGAGCUCUGCAUACCAUGGAGGAGCUCCUGCCCCUCAGACAGCAGUUUGGUCAAGAAAUACUCAUUCCUGAAGUGCUGUGAUAACCUGGCCUGCAGGUGCACGCUGUGGGGCAACAACUGCAAGUGCGAGUCCACGCUGGGGGGCAAGUGACCUCCCCUGUCCCCCCAGGCCAGCAGUGCGAUGUCGUCAGCGGGUCAAGGUCACCAACUGCUCUGGCCCUUUCCAUGUCAUUCAAAAUAAAGAUGUUUUGCUUGGUGAUGAAAACAAAAUCAAACAAAGCGAACACAGAGAGAAAAUACUUCAUCUUUAAAGUUUAACAUAGGGUGUUGUGUCCUUGUUCAGGGGAAGGGGAGAAAAUGGGGAUUUGUUUGUCCCUUAGGUCGUCAAAAUUUUAGAAAGUGGGUCAAGAAGGGUCAGGAACUGCAGACUCUGUUGCUGUGGAUGUUCGGCACCUGAUCCUGAAGCACUGGGAAGACCUCAGCAGAUGCGGAGCUCGUUCUUCAGUUACAUUCCACUACUUGUGGCUUCCACAGCAAGAUAACUAAACAAAGAUUACAGAUAAGUUAAUAAGUCUAGGCUGCUUUUCUAUCAGUGAUGAUCAAAUGUCGGGUGGGACCUACAAUUUCUGCAAGACCACCUGAGCAAAAAAUUAAAAUAACCCAAAUCUGACGAUUUGCAAAGCUUAUUAGGAAGAAAAAAAUCCAUUUUGUUAAAUGUUAAAUUAUGAACGCAUGUAAUGAGUUUUAGUCAAAUAAAACAUUUCAGCUUUGUGUUGGUAAAAA